CUGCUCUGAAAGUGACUGGAUGCCUCCUGUACUACUGCUCUCCUGAGACAGUUGUCUGAUAAUUAUGGCUCUCCUAAAAGCUUCCUUCCUCCAAAUGUCCAAGAGGUGCUUCCUACAAUGUGGUGCCUGCUGGAAGUCUGGAUCUAAGCUUAGUGUUCAUGCAUCACCUAAAAUACCUCCAUGUGACUUCACACCUGAAAGAUAUGAGUCCCAGCCUUACAGCCAUAUCCUGAAGAUUCGGAAACAGAAUUUUUCACCCUUCAUGGCCACUUAUUUCCAGAAGCCCUUAUUGCUUCAACAAGGAUAUAUGCAAUGGUUAUUUGACUAUGAAGGUCGAAGAUAUUUAGAUCUCUUUUCAGGGAUUGUCACCGUCGGUGUUGGUCAUUGCCACCCGAAGGUAACUGCAGCUGCACAAAAACAGCUUGGACGCCUGUGGCAUACAAGUCCUGCCUUCUUACAUCCUGCAAUACAUGAAUAUGCAGAGAAGUUGACAGCCCUUCUUCCUGAGCCACUUAAGGUAGUUUUCUUCACAAACAGUGGCUCAGAAGCCAAUGAUAUGGCUAUGUUAAUGGCACGAAGUUACUCUCAAAAUGUUGAUAUCAUUUCUUUCAGAGGAGCUUAUCAUGGAUGCAGUCCUUACACCUUGGGCUUGACUAGUGUAGGAGCAAUCAAGCCAAGAAUUGCCAGUGGAUCAAGUUGCCAAACGACAAUGUGUCCAGAUGUCUUCCGUGGCCCAUGGGGAGGAAGCCAAUGUCGUGAUUCUCUGGUGCAAACAAUUAGAAAAUGCAACUGCACUCCAGGCUGCUGCAAGGCCAAAGACCAAUAUAUUGAAGAGUUCAAAAAUACUCUGCACACUGUAGUAGCCAAAGAAAUUGCAGGCUUUUUUGCAGAGCCCAUUCAGGGUGUCAAUGGAGUGGUUCAGUACCCCAAGGGAUUUCUGAAAGAAGCCUUCCAGAUGGUGAGAGAGAGGGGAGGUGUGUGCAUUGCUGAUGAAGUGCAGACAGGAUUUGGCAGGCUGGGCACUCAUUUCUGGGGAUUCCAAAGUCAUGGAAUCCAACCUGAUAUUGUCACCAUGGCCAAGGGGAUAGCAAACGGCUUCCCCAUGUCAGCAGUUGUAACUACUCCAGAGAUCGCCGAUGCCUUUACUAAACACUUGAAUCACUUCAACACAUUUGCGGGAAACCCCUUAGCUGGUGUAAUUGGAUCUGCUGUACUUGAUGCAAUUAAAGAAGAUGGCCUACAGGAAAACAGCCAAGAAACUGGUUCUUAUAUGCUAUUGAAGUUGGCUAAGCUACGGGAUGAAUUUGAGAUAGUUGGAGAUGUCCGUGGAAAAGGCCUCAUGAUGGGAAUAGAAAUGGUACAAGAUCAGGACAGUCGCCAGCCUCUUUCUCUAAAAGAAGUAAAUCUAAUUCAUGAAGAUUGUAAAAACAUGGGGCUUAUUGUUGGUAGAGGUGGACUUUUUAAUCAGACAUUCCGAAUUGCACCCCCAAUGUGCAUCACUAAACAGGAGGUUGAUUUUGCAGUGGAAGUAUUUCAUGCUGCAUUAAGCAGACAUAUGGAAAAAAGAGCUAAAGGGACAAUUUAGAAGAAGAGGAGGAUGAGAAAGAGGAAGAAGAAGAUGAUGAUGAUGAUGAUGAUGACAACUUAUAAACUCUCAAGACUUUUCCAUUCAUGAAAAAGGAUGAACUUGAGUAGCAUUAGUCUCCAAACCACAGAUCAUACACAAAUCCGGAAAGGAUAGUUAAUCCAUUAGAGAACAGACUCAGGAUUCAAAGAGUUCUUAGUAGGCUGGAACAAUGGCUUAAACUGGAAAGGCAACAUUUAAUAGGAACAAAUAUGAACACUUUGCUUUGAACUUUGAAAUUUGCAAAAAUUCAAGACUUCAUGGGAAUAAGUACUUUCUCCAGUGAGCAAGUGGCAAAUCAUUUGUGAUUCUUGCCCAUAUUUUCCUAAAAAUUAUUCAUUGGGAGUCUAUUCCAUUACAAUAGAGUCCUUCUUCCAUUCAAUGAAGUCCUGAACUUGAGUUCAAAAAUUCACUAGCAUUUAGCACAGUGCUUGACACAUAAGUACCUGCUUAAUUAUUGUUCACCAACUGAUGAUCUGUGGAAGGAUAAAAUAAUAGUAAAGAUCUAUCUGAAUAGUAAUUGAGUUGAAAAAAGAUUUAAGAAUUUAAACUAGCAGAAAAUUUCAUAGGUAUCAACAACAUGCUCUGGCAGCCAGAAAAGCUAAUUCAAUCAUAGAUUAUAAGAAUAAAUACAUGGAGUACUGAAUCAAUUAUGCAGUGAAGCAAGGGUCCUAUAGUUCCAUGUGGACUACACCCUGCACUUCUAGUUCUGGGCAGCACAACUUAAGAGACAUGCUGAAAAACUAUGUGUACAGAGAGGUGAUCUAGAUGAUGAAGGGAUACAUACUACCCACCCUCAGCUCUCUCCCUUUGCCCAAGUUAUUCCUGCCUGAAAUGUUUUGUCCUCUACCCAAUUUAUUCAAAUUCUACCCCAAAUCUUACCUUCUCCUCCAGCCUUCUGGACAACUUUCAAGACUAGUUAUCUCCCUUUCCCCUGGGCUCUUGUAAUACCUGUAGUCUUUAAAGCUCCUUUUGGCGCUUAAAAUUUGAAGAUUGAAGAAUCUUUCAAAAUCAUAAUUUAAAAUGUAUGUGUCCCCUAAAUACAAGCGCCCCAAUAACAAAGAAAAUCAAGUUUGUUUCAGUCAGCAUAGAGCUACAAUAAGGAUAACUGCCAUUUGUAUAUUAAGGUUCACAAAUGUAAGUGCACCACUAUUUUUGUUGUCAUAAAUGCAGGAUAAAGAUAGAAAUGAAAAACAAAGGGCAUCUACACCAUGUGGCUCUUUUCAGUCUUGCUCCUAAAUUGAUUUUGCAUGGUGUCAUGAGAAAUCCCUUUAUUAACAACUAUACACGGGUUUUUAUCUUUUUUACUAUGUGGACUUUCAGUGUGAUUUUAAGAGGACCUAGUUGAGUGAUCCAGGAAUCUUUUAAAAGUUUAGAGGAAUUUUGAAAUACAACUCAGAUAAAAGUUUGAGCUGAGAUAUGCCAAGCUUCAGAAGAGGGAAAAAUCAAUCUGAAAACAGACUUUUAAAAUGUCUAAAAGCAUCUAGACGUAGCUAGUCAUGCAAUUUCAUGCAAGGUUUGCGUUACAAGAGAUGGCUAUAGUAGCUAAAGACCUGCAAAUGGUAGCAACAAUAAUAACAGAAAGAGGAAUAGAAAAGAAAGAACCACAUCAGAGUACUCCAGCUCACUAGAAAAAGUGAACCAAUGGCAUUACCAAAGGUCAUAUGCAUCCAUGAUCUUAUAUCACAAUUUUUUUAAUAUAUUUUUAUAAUUUUAUUUCAGUGUCAUUGGUUUCUUUUGCAAUCCUAUGUAUUUUAUUGCAUGCAUUUAAAACAUUAUUUGAGAAGAAAUCCAUAGGUUUCACUAGGUUACCAAAGGGUUCCAUGAUGUUAAUAUAUAUGUAUAUUUUUUUUAAGAAAUCCUGCUCUAGAACAUAUACUCUCGAACAUUUGUCACAGAAACAUGUGUGUCCCAUUGUCUAUAUUCUUUGUCACAUAUGUACUAUGAAUGUGUUCUCACUACCACUAGUAAUGUGGUAACUUAUGAAAGAGGAUACCUUUGGUCAUAUGGGAAAAGUCUUGUAACUUAUCUUUGUGCUUAAUUAAAUGCAUUCUGCUUUGAACUGUGUUCUCACUCUUUCCAUAAUGUCAAAAAUGAAAUUUUUCAUUGGCCAAGAAAUCACAUUCUUACCAGAUCCAUCUUAUUUUCUUUCUCAAAAUAAAACUAAUGAAUACCAAA